AUCACUUUUCAGGAAACACAACCCGUAUAAAUACAGCAAAGAUGACUUCUGAGAACAACAACAUCAAAGAGGAGAGCUUCAAGACGCAGCUCGACAAGGCUGCAGACAACGCUCGCGAGAUGGAAAACCAGAAGCCCAAUCCCAUCGUCGAGAAGAUCACGGAAUAUGUCCCUGCAGCCGCCAAAAUCUUACCCGCUCGUCAAAGCCCUCCCAAGGAAGAAGACAAGCCUCCAGGACCUCCCGAGCGACCGCAUCAUGAUCACAAGAUUGAAGAUUUCGUGAGGGACCAGCACAGAAGUCAAGGCAUUGAGGGUGUUUUGGGACAGGCUUCCAAUGACAAGUAAUGAUGUUGCACUUUUGGGGAGGCAGGGUUGCUGCGUAUUUAGGCUUUCCGCGAACACGAAUGAAUGAGCUUAUGAUUC